CAUCACCCUUUCGUCAAGACACAUGGCGACUGCGCUCGUCAAUCUGCUCAUCUUCAGCGCCGGUCUCAAGUAAUCACUCCAGACACCACCAUCUGAAUCGAAAGCUUUCCAUACAUCACCUUGGCGUAGAUCUGCUCAUCCGACGCACGGAGAUCAAAGUCACGCGUACACCGGACCCGGUACACAGAUUGUCUUCGAGUCUCUUGUCCGAUUCCCAGGUGACCCAAGCACACUUUGGGAAAGAAUUUGCAGGACUUUAGCCAGUACAACCGACAGCUGCCAUCUCACCAUCCAGACGAAAUGGCUGCGGAAUCCAAUUACGACUUUCUGUUCAAGGUGGUUCUGAUCGGAGACAGUGGCACAGGUAAAUCCAACCUUUUGUCUCGAUUCACCAGGAACGAGUUCAGCCUGGAGAGCAAGAGCACUAUUGGUGUCGAGUUCGCCACUAGAUCCAUCGCUGUGGAUGGAAAGACUGUCAAGGCUCAGAUCUGGGACACUGCUGGCCAGGAGCGAUACCGAGCCAUCACAUCUGCCUACUACCGAGGAGCUGUAGGUGCCUUGCUGGUGUACGAUAUUGCCAAGCACCCGACAUACGUCAACGUCAGUCGUUGGCUCAAAGAGUUGAGGGACCAUGCGGACAGCAACAUUGUGAUCAUGUUGGUCGGAAACAAGAGCGAUUUGCGCCACUUGCGCGCUGUGCCCACCGAGGAGGCCAAAGCUUUUGCUCAAGAGAAUAACCUCUCGUUCAUUGAGACUUCUGCUCUCGACGCUUCGAAUGUCGAACAGGCUUUCCAGAACAUCUUGACUGAAAUUUAUCGCAUCGUCUCAAACAAGGCUUUGCAAAGCUCAGACGAUGUCAUCAAGCCCAGCGGCGGAGAGACGAUCACAGUGCAACCAUCGGCAGAUGAUGGAGGCAACGCCAAAAAGGGCGGAUGCUGCUAGACCGGCGGUCCUACCUAGACGCUGACGAGGGCGCGAGAAGGGGUUGAGCGCGUGCUUGGGGGCCUUUUGCAGAGCGAGAAGGGCUGGCGGAGCCGUCGGGACUUUGUAAAAAAGCAGCCAUCCUGCUCGCGAGCUGCGAAGUCGGUUGCCCACAGAGGCAUUUCGUGCAGAGCGUGCUCCUACCCUGCUAGCGCACGCACAGACUCCCUGCUGCAUCAAGCUGAUUCCCACUCACCCAUCGCAAGCUGACUCCAUUCUCUGUUCCUCGACUCUUCGACUCCCGGGCUGUUUUGUCUUUCCAAGUUAUGUAACAAGAUACGCAUGGUGUGAUGUGGGAUUCCAAGUUUGCUGUCCACGAGGCAGCACCUGCAGUGCGUGUUCGCUGUGUAAUGAUUCGCAUGAAUC